AUUUCGUAUUGUGUAUGAUGUGGCUUUGAAAAUUAUAAAUUUACGACAUUCUGGAGGAUCGGAAUGGUUACCGUUGGUCCAGGUAGCAAGGAUAAUUUUCACAGGAUCAUCUGGAAGUGCACCAAAUUGCGCGUGCGUCUCCAAUUCGCGCCAAUGCCGGGUACAGAUGGCAGAUGUUUUGUAACCAUCGAAGUGUACACGGCAGAGUAAAAACUACUCAUAUUUUAUUUAAUUUUUCCGGAUAAAGGGCUGGUCCAAAUUACAUAAAAAUCGCACCACGUCAAAGCCCAGAGUUUGCACAAUAUGAAAAUCGGAAAUUUUAAGUUUUUUAGCUAGCCUCGAUGCCACUGCAGCUAGUCUUUUCCGAUCCGCUCUGCCGUUUACUAGCCUGCUUAGUUGGAAACCAUUUUGUUUCGUUUACGGGAAUAUGUAGUUUUUUUCUUUGUGUUUUCUUAAAAUAAAUUAACCCCUUGUUAAAAUUGAGUGCAGUGCAUAUUUCUAGAAUAGGACCAAAUUUAAAGAUUCAAACUAACUAGCUACACAAAAUAUCUCAAAAUAAAAAUGACCAAGAAAUAAAAAAACCAAAUCCACAAAUCAGAGCACCAUGCCUCGUACAAUCAGGACUAGCGAGAGCCCCCGUGGGGCCUACAGGUCUAUUCCGAUGAGUUCCACUCCCGACAUGACCAUCAUCAAGUCGGAACAGACGCCUAGUCCUCAUCUACUGGAUCAUGGAUAUGGGGCCACUCCCAUCAACCAGAUCAUGUCGUCAGUGGUUCCAUCACAAGCACCGGCUGUAAAAAGGAAACUUAAUCUAGAAUCGUUGCACUACGUUCCACCGUCAGUAGUGCAUAUAGAUAAUGCAUUCAAGGCUCCGCAACCUAAGAAACCUAGGAAACAAAUACCUGCGAAAAAAUACACGAGGUACGACACGUCGUUAAGUUUGUUGACCAAGAAGUUUUCAGAUCUGUUGGAGAGGAGUCCAAAUGGUGUUGUAGAUUUAAAUAAAGCAUCUUUAGAAUUGAAGGUACAAAAAAGGCGAAUAUACGACAUCACGAACGUGCUGGAAGGAAUAGGUAUUUUAGAAAAGAAAUCAAAAAACAACAUUCAGUGGAAGGGAUCACAUGGCCAGAAUAGUCAGUGCGUGGAAUUUAAGAAGCAACUGCAGAAUUUAGACAAUUUCGAAAAUUAUUUAGAUCAGAUGAUAGAGUCGGCGUCGAACGAAUUAAGCAAAUUGACACAUGACAGGUACGGUUACGUGACGUACCAAGACCUCCGCUCCAUUGACUCGUUCCGAAACAAAACAGUAAUGGCGAUCAAAGCGCCACCUAGCACAAAACUUUCCGUGCCUGCCGGACAAGGCGAGAAGUAUACCAUUAAAAUGAGUAGCGAUUCGGGAGAAAUAGAUGUAUACCUAUGUCCCGAGUCUCCGCCUGUCAAACCGAAACCUGAGAAAGUGCCAUGUAUGGAUAUGUUGUUAAGGGACAUCAGUCCGGUAGGUCUCUUUGAUCUGUCUACUCCGCCAGUGCCUCAGUUGGACAGUCCAACGCCUAUUUCUUCACGGUUAUGCAGAAGCUUAACCUUUAAGGAUCCAUUCGAUCCCGGUCCAAGUACAUCGGGUACGCAACAAAGCCUAUUGAACCACCUCCAGCCACAUCAUAACCAUCCACAUCCACACAACCAUCAAUUGGUGUCGUCCCAUGAUUCUCCGAGCCCGUUGGUGAAGGGCGAGAACGAUAUGGUGAAGAGAGAAGUGUUCUUGCACGAUGACGUGGAGGGGCUGAGCCCUAUGGUGGGACGAUUUAACUUUAAUAGUACACAGACUGAACAUAGUAGUAACUUAGGAAUUAUGGAUCCUGUUUUGAGCAGUGAGCUGGUCCUUUUGGAGCCUUUAAUGCAGCCAGAGUACAACUUCAGCUUAGAUGCGACGGAAGGCUUGGCGGACCUCUUCGAUUAUGAUUUCCUUUCUUAAACAUUUUUGCUCACCUAUGUACAAAUCACACGUGACACACCCUGUAGAAAACACGACUAUUUAUUAUCGAGUAUUUAAGAUAUUUGUUCAGUAAUUUGUUUGCCAGUUCCUAGCUAGUUUGUGGAUAUUUGGUAUCAAUUUUACAUCGUACAUAUCCUCAAGACAAAUAUGACAAUUGACAUAUAACAAAUGUCACUUGCUAGUGCAGCCAACUGAGACCAUACAGCAAACUGAAACAAUGGUUAAAUGGCAUCCAAUGAAUUUGUGAGAAGCAAAAAAACUUAAAAUUUAACAAGUGCAACGGUAUAUUUGAUAUUCGUUUUCGCAGGGUUUUAAAAAUAUUUUAACUAGUAUCAGGAACUUUAUUAAAAGAGGUCAAGAUGAAAGAUCAGUAUAAUUUUUUUGCGGCCUAGGAAUUGGCGUGUUCAAAUUUUUUAUUAAAAAAUUAUUGUUAUACACAGUCACAUGAAGUGGCCUUAGAGGGUGUUCCCUGCCGAACACCGUUGAAGUUGAAAAGUUGUUGAAUGUUAUUUUCUUCUCGUUUUGUAUGUUAUAAAGAAUUUGGGACAAUAUUCAUACAGGGUAAUUGUUUCUUGAAAGUAUGACUAAUCAGGUAGUUCGGUAUGUUAUUGUAUUAAAGUUUUGGCGUUAUUCGUUUACGGUAGCUUGAUUUUUCAUUAGUUUUUUGUUAUUUAAGUUUGUGUUUUCCUACAGGGUGUUUGGAAAUAAUUACUUUUAGAAAUAACAACUAGUUGAAUACACAGAGUCCACUAUACAUUUAAAUAACUAUCGCUUUGAGUUCGUUUUUUUAUGCGCGAUAUUAGUGUGACGUCAAGCUGUCAAUUUUUCUUUACUUAUUCGUGGUAAUUCUGUACAGAGUUAAUUUUUAAUUCUUCAAUUAGUUUGAAAUAAAACCAUCGACAAUUCAUACAGACAGGGUACAGAAUCACACAAUCUUAUCUCAGAAAAUAGUCAAUAGUUUAUUCCGUAAUAAGUACACUAGAGGGGGAAGUAGAUAUGUAUAGCUUAUAUAUAGAUCUCCAGCUCUAUAUGACUCUACUCCAUAGAGGAGGACAAUAAAGACGUAGCAUAUAAAUCUUAUGCUUAAUUAUUCUCAAGACCGUUAAAAGAGCUGGAAUGUUUAACUUUGAAAUUAAUUUUAUUUGAUGUUUAUAUUUCCACUUCCGAAAUCAUUCGAGAAGUUCGAAAAGUGGAAAUGGAAAAGUCACGUAAACCUAAUUCUGAAAGAAAAUUGUGGCUUAUUCUCAACAAAAUAUUGUAAAUUGCUAAUAGUUUUCAACUAUUUUCGCAAAAUUCUUAUUAAGGUCUGUUUUUACUUCUACAGUUUGUCAAACCUAGGAACAAGUUUGAAAAUCUUACAAUUGCCAUAACGCCACAUGACGAUUGUAAGAUUUUCAAACUUGCUCUUUCGUUUGUCAAACUGUAUCUUCAACCAUUCCCAAUUUUUUAUCAUGUAUGAAGGUACCUUAACUCCCCUCUGAAGUACCUAUUACGGAAUAAUCUUGCUUGAUUAUUUUGACAAAUGACAGCAUGACAUCACCACUAUCGUGGCAGGUUACACGAUUAUCGCAAUUAUUGGGCUUAAAACCGAUAAGUUUUAAAAAAUUAGCAAAACACGAUUUUUGUGCAAUUUAUUAUAUUUUGACGUGUUUUGUUUAGACUGUUUUAUUAUAGUUCGGGUGAAUACUGUUUUGUUAGUAGAAAAACAAAAUGUUUUUACAGUGAUCAAAUGGGCGUUACCUGAUUAGGAGGGGGACAAAACUACCUGUCAUACCAUCAGCAUGAAGCAAAUUACAUAUUUCAUGUCCUAUACAUGUAUGUAGAAAUCUUGCCUCCUACAGCACAUCAAUCUUUCUAUGAGCAUUAUAAAACCACUUUGUUUUUUCUACUAUUGUUAUUACGACAAAUCUUAUUGUAUUUUGAUGUAGUUAUAAUUCUGUUCCGUAUGAAAUUAAUCUAAUUUGGGAUGUGCUAGACCAGUUUGUUAGUGGAAGAGAGUUUGAGCAAUGUCAUUAAGUAGUACUACUCCUUGGUAUGUUUUUAUUUGGUUUUAAUGUAGACAGAAAAUUUUGUUAAACUGUGAUAUGUGCUGCUUUUGCCUGUUUGGAUUGUUUUGUUUUAUUCUAUACAUUUUCUUUAAUUUCUCCUACCUUUUACAACGUUUUAUGCCCUUCUUGUUUUAUUUGGUACGUCUGCUAAAAUUUUCUUUUGAUCUCUGUUAUUUUGAGUAUAUAAAUUGAUCUUCACUACUAGACUGACUUGUCGUGAAAGUUCCUUUUUAUUUGUUUCUUGUGAUUUGCAAGCGUAACUUUAUUUUUGUAAUUAUUCGAUCUCUUCUUAACGUAUAUAUACUACUUUCGUGGAAAUCUCAGCAAUGUGAGCUGGAUAAUUUAUAUUAAGACACCACGUGGCAUUUGAACUCCUCUGUGUGAUAUUUGAACUACUCGAUGAAACCCGUCAAUGUAAGUGAUCUACACUGGCGACAUCUACGAUGUAAGUUCCAGGGGGCUGUUAUAUUUCCUAAUAUGUGUUUUUCUUGUCGUAGAGUUUUAAAUCAAAUGAAAGAGCUCAACUCAGUCAAUUUUGUUGCUGAUUACUAGUCUGGCAUUUUUUUCGGUGUUUUUUAAGUACAUUAAUGAUUUAAAUUUUGAUGUUGAAUGUUCAACUUAGUCCUUCAUGUGUAUCCUGAUUUAGGUAGGAAUAACUGCUCAGAACUCUCACACACCGUAUUUUUAGCCUUUCGUGUGGGAUACUAAAUACGCACUACAUCUUCCCUCACAGUCUGUUAGUUCUAUUUUUAAAAACUGCUUAAUUUGGAACAGAAUUUUCUUAAAAGUUUUAAGCCUCUCUUUGACUAAACGUUGGUGCCCUUCAGGACUUUUGAAAUACUUUAACUAAGUAUAUUUGAACUAAUGCAUUGCCAUCUACAAACAAUAUUUACACUAUCGAUGUGGGAAGGCUUGGCAAUGUCAGACGGCGAAGAAGAAAACUGCAAAAUGAAGUAGACAAGAAGUCUUUUUUUCUUGUUUCAUCUCUUAUUUAUUUUACUCAUAUAAAAUAUGGUCUAAAAAUCAAAUAUGCUUAGUAACAUUUUUGUAAACCAACAGAAUCUACGUCUGUGGAAGAUUUAUUUACAAUAUGUAUAUUUUUUGUUAAAACGCUGUUUUUGUACAACAGCCCUUGAUAUAUUUAUGUAUAUGUAAGGUGUUGUUAUAAAAUAAUGAGAACGAUGCUCUUCUUCUUCUUAUAUUAGGCCUCUUGGCCUGUUCCUUACCGAUUUUGAGCUUGUACAACGAUGCUCUAAACUAUAGAAAUUAUAGAUAUUUAGGCGAAAUUUGUGUUGAUUAAACCAUUAUUGGACGUGUUUCUUUCACAUCGUUAAAAGCCUGCAAUGUUUAAGUCAAAGUCGUCUUUAAAGAAAGCAUAAAAUAUCACUGGUCAAUAUAUCUGGUCAACAUGGCGGCUACAACAAUCGGUUCCUUACCGAUUUUGAGCUUGUGCAACGAUGCUCUAAACUAUCGAAAUUAUAGAUAUUUAGGCGAAAUUUGUGUUGAAUAAACCAUUAUUGGACGUGUUUCUUUCACAUCGUUAAAAGCCUGCAAUGUUUAAGUCAAAGUUGUCUUUAAAGAAAGCAUAAAAUAUCACUUAGUAUCAUAUCUGGUCAACAUAGCGGUUACUUAAAACACAUUUUUCGAGUUUUUCCUUCAAAAAUUAGAAUUUUCCACAGCUUUGGUACUGUAAAACAUUAUUGGGCGUUUUUCUUUCACAGCGUUAAAAACCUUCAAUGUUUAGGCUAUAUUUGAACAUAUCCGGCCAACAUAGAGGUUAUCUAAACACAUUUUUCAAGAUUUUUCAUUUGAAAAUUAGAAUUUUCCACAGCUUUGGUACCAUAAAACAUUACUAGACGUUUUUCUUUCACAUCCAUAAAAGCCUGCAAUGUUUAUGCCAGACUUAAAGAAUACUUAAAAAAUCACUUAGAACCAUAUCUGGUCAACAUAGCGGUUACUUAAAACACAUAUUUCGAGAGUUUUCCUUUAAAAAGUAGAAUUUUUCACAGCUUUGGUACCAUAAAACAUUAUUGGACGUUUUUCUUUCACAGCGUUAAACGCCUUCAGUGUUUAAGCUAAAUUUGACUUAAAUAAAACAUAAAAAAUCACUUAGUACCAUAUCAGGCCAACAUAGUGGUUGUAACACAUUUUUCGAGAUAUUUCCUUGAAAAUUAGAAUUGUUCGCAGCUUUGGUGUCAUCAGUCUCACUAUUUUGUAGCACACCUCGUAUUGAGAUCGCCAGCGAUUUGUUUUAAAUACUUAAAAUGUUAUCGGACAUUGCAGGACUGACUAUAGCUACGCUGAUCGAGCGUUGCUAGUGAUGUACGGAAAUAUUUUCCAGUGAUGAGACUUCUCUUUUUUAGAAAAGGACAUUUUGAGGUAGUUCGUUUAGUGUGUUGUCUUUUAGGAAAUAAUUGGUGCUACGUCAAAACUUGUUUGGAAAAAGUUUUGAAUUUUUUUGUCUGUUCGAAGUGGACCUAUAGUACGUUUUGAUAUUAUAUUUAGACUGGAUUGCUUGGGAAAUUAUUAUCCAAAUGUUGGUUUUUCAAAAUUAAUUUACAUUUUUCCGUUGAAAUGUUCAUUCCAUUCAUUAUGUAAUUAAAAUAAUAGGUGAAUAUUUUAUCUUAAAUUAAUUUUAGUUAGAAAGCACUCCUUACUUUUUUAUUAAUUUUUAUUGUUUUUGUAAAAUAUUUUUGAUCUAAACAUAAAUUGAAAAUUUAAAAUGUAUUAAGGUAGUGUUUUGACCAUAAAAAGGUACAAAUUAUUUUAAAAACAUUGGCUCGAUUCAAUUCAAUUGGUUGGUUAAUGAUCGUUGCAAGCUACGUCGUGACUUGUAGCAAACAUCACGUUAAAUAUGAACUACUCCCUGAUAGAGAUCACACAUUGUCAUUAACCCUUUUUGGUUAUUUACUGUAGGAUUUAUUUUUUCUUGGCAUCAAAAGUUGUUUGUCAUUUUGCAUCAAAAAUUAAAGUUACCUCCAGAGAUGUACACUCACAGACACACAUCUUGCAUUAUUUUAUUUUGAGUCUGUUUUUGAAGUAUAUUUUUUCAUUUUGUUGCUAAACAAGUUGUGCUGGACUAUUCUAUAUAUUAAGGGGCUAUCCUAGUGUAAAAGUACGAAAUUCAUAUACUUUUUUGGGAAUUUCUAAAAUAAAAAGUAUUGUACCAAUUGUUUUGAAAAUUUGCAUUUAUUAUAAAAAGAAGUACCGGUAAAAGAAUUUUCAUAAAAAAAUAUUGAAAAUUAAACGAUUUAUGCGCCAUCUACUGGCAGCGUAAAAAUAAAAACAUAGCUCCACUGCUGCAGUGAUUGGUACUAAUAGAGAUCCUGAAACAUAAAAUUUCAAAGUUAUUAUUGAAAUAUAAGUUAUUUGCUAUACCACCAACUGGAGGUUUUUUGAUCGGAUAAAAAAUGUCAAUUUGGCGGUUUUUGAAACUGAAAAUGUUUUAGCUAAUUUAAAAAUAAAUUUUCAACACGUCAUUUUUCCAAAUUUUAAUAUUUUUCAAAAAUCCUAGUUGAUGGCAUAGAAAAUAAAAAAUAAAAACCUUAUUUUGUAAAAGGUAUAUGUAUUUAAAAUCCCUAAAGAGGGCUGUAUCACAAAACGUUUUCGGAAUCAAUAUUCCAUCAUCAGUGUUAUCACAGGUUUACAUGCUUUAAGCCACCAAAAUGUACGGGUAAAAACCCUUACAUUGAUUUUACACAGUUGGGGUUACAUUAUGUUAUCUAAUUUUGAAGGAUGUUAAAAAUAUUUCCGGAUUUUCCAACCAAUAUGGUUGAUGUCAUGUGAUGCCAGGGGUUAAUCCGGAAAUAUUUUUAACAUCCUUCAAAAUCAGAUAAUAUAAUGUAACCCCAACUGUUUAAAAUCAAUUUAAGGGUUUUUAUCCGUACAUUUUGGUGGCUUAAAGCAUGUAAACCUGUGAUAACACUGAUGAUGGAAUAUUGAUUCCGAAAACGUUUUGUGAUACAGCCCUUUUUAGGGAUUUUAAAUACAUAUACCUUUUUUUAAAUAAGGUUUUUAUUUUUUGUGAUUUAUGGUAUAUAGCCAGUACAGGAAUUUUUCCUUGUGAUAUUGGUAUAGAAAAUAUUUCAAUAAUCACUUUGAAAUUUUAUGUUUCAGGAUCUCUAUUAAUCCCAAUCACUGCAGCAGUGGGGCCAUGUUUUUAUUUUCACGGUGCCAGUAGAUGGCGCAUAAAUCGUUUAAUUUUCAAUAUAUUUUUUAUGAAAAUUGUUUUACAUGUACCUACUUAUUUAACAAAGUAAUGUUUGUUAGUUUGUGACAUUAAUUUUUCUUCAGCUAUAAAGACUAUGUCUUAUCAGUCUUUUUUUUUUUCUCUAAUAAGUUGUAAUAUACGUCAAACAUUCCAGCAUAACACAUUCAAGAAUGAAAAAAAUACAUAAAAUUUCAAAGAUAAAAAAUAAACAAAAAAUAGUGAUUGAAGAUAAAAUAUGCAAUAUUUUUGUCUGUGUGUAUAUUUUUAGUCAAUAUUGAUUCAAUACAAAUGCCGCCUUUAGUCCGAAAAAAAUUAGCUCUCACUAAAAUGAGUUUUUCUUCAAGAAUGAAAGAACUGGGCUUGCUCAUAUGUUUUGUCAUUUUAUAAAUAUAUAAAAAUAGAAUGCAUGUCUUUUGACUAUUUUUUAUUAUUAAAUAUUUUUAAUUGUACUAAGUAAUAUGUAUUUAUCUCUGGAGUCCGCUAUAUUUAUAAAUUUUGUCUAUUUUCGAUACGAAAUAUUUUAUCUGUAUAUAUAAACAUCUGUAACGAAAAAAAGUAUUACCGCUAACAAUAUGUACAAACAGUUGUAAUUUUUUAUGAAAGAUCUUCAUUUUUGUAAAUUCUUUACAAAAUGUAUACUGAACAAAUUAUAUUUUAGACCAAAACUGCCUUUUAUUUAUUUUGAGCAAGCAAUCCAGACCUUUUAUAUUAUAUUAGGACAUACCUUACGGAAAAAACGAUAGUAUUCUUUUAAAAUUUGGCUUUUAAGUUAAAAAUUAUUGUCGAAAACAAUUUUAUCAUUAAUUACUCUCUUUUUAAUAAAAGAAAUUGAUGAUCUUUGGAGAAAUGAUCUUUCUAACGAAUUAAUUUCCUAACACCAAUAAAAUUGUGGUUAGCAAAGUUAAAACAUUACAUCUGUCCCAUCAAAAGACUUAUCGAAAAUUUCUGUGUUUAUCAAUCUUAUGUUAAAAACAUGUUAUUUAACGUUAAACAUAGGUAGGGGAACCUGGAAGACAUAUUCAUAGGUGUUUCUUUCUUGGGGUUUCUGUUUUUGUAUACUCCAUGUAUUUCGUUUUCCGCUCAUUAAUGUUCAGACCAAGUUUACAGGAUGCACGUUUUAGUUUUUUGCUCAAGCUUUUUGGUUGUAACAAUAUUAUCCGUACAUGCUAAUAUUUGAGCAGAUUGUAUAUACAGGGUGUCCCCGAAAAUAGUGCGUUCCUUUAAGGUAUGGAUAUAAUACACAAUGUAGAACAAAAAAGUCCUAUAGCAUUUUUUCUACAGCUAACCGUUUCCAAAAAAAUUACAUUGUUCGCCAUAUAAGCGAACUUUUAUCAUAAAAUUUAAAAAUUUGGCAUCACUGUACAAGAACUGUUAGUGAUCUAGGUUACUGACACCAUAAAAAUGUAUGUCAGAUAGUUACACCUGCAAAAUAAUUAUGCCACCCCAUCUUUGAAAAUAACAAAACAAGAAUUUGUUUGUUUGUUUAGGAUGAAAACGAGGUUUAAUGUAAAUAGUAAAGGCUAAUGCUGCAACUAUUUUUGAAUUGUGAUUGUUUAUGUUUAGAUUUUUGUAUACAUAUUUGUCAGAUUUCAAUUUGCACACCAAAAUUUAUUUUGGUUUUUUGGCCAAACGGUUGAAUUUAGAAAAAAAUGUUAAAAAAGACUUUUUGCUCUACAUGGUACCUUCUACCCAUACCUUUAAGGAACGCACUAUUUUCGAGGACACCCAUAUGUUACGGGUAAAGUUAAAUUAACGGGUAAGCCUAGGGUUGUCCGGAAAAAGUGAGAAGUACGCGUGAGGUAUCGGUAAUAUCCGAUAGUAAGUCCAAAAUCUAAUUAAAAUAAAUCAAAUUUCGGGCUUCACUCGGGUAAAACACAUUCGACUUGCUGCCACUUGGUUAAAUGCUUAAUUGGGUAUACUAGUAAUGACGAGGCCGUAACUGUUUGAAAGAUAUUUUAAUUAAAUUCAAGAAAAAACGCCUUUUAUAAAAGUAAGGAAAGUAAAAGGAUAAAUACUGCAGAAUUAAAAAUUAUAUUGUUAAAACAAGACAAGCUGAUGUGGCAUUUGGAGUUACAAAUAUUUCCAGCAGCUUUAUAUUUGCAUUUAUUUUACCAAUACCUCGCGGGUACUUCACACUUUACCCUGGUAAUCCUAGGUUUACCCGUAACAUAUACACCACAAACCAUACAUACUCUAGACUGUCCACGGCCAUGUUAAUCUUUCGGAUCGAAUUAACGUCAUCUCUUGAUUGUAAUGGGAACUAAAUUGACAAAAUUAUAGUUACGUGGGUAUUUCAAACUAUAAGUUUUGCGGUACUUUUGACGAAAUUUCUCAGGAAAUUAAAACAACAUAACGACAAUUCAAUGUUUUAUUCAAUAAUUAUACUAUAACUUAAAAUUACCUUAAAAGUUCCAUCUACAGUGGAACCUCGAUUAUCCGUCAUGGCACCGGACCAAGGGCAUGACAGAUAAUCGAAAAGACGGUUAACAGAACAUUAAAAAAAAUAAAAAUUCAUAGUAUUAUGGUGACACACAGAUAUUGACUAAUAAUAAUUAUUAUUGUGCUGUGCGUUCUUAUUUUCGGCUUUCGAUUCUAAAAAUAGAACUCUAAAAGCACGGUAUCAUUUAUCAUUACAUAUAUGUAUUUAAAUUGAAAUUUAAUCCAGAGCCCUGAAUAAGAACAAAAAUUUUACAUAAAAAAAUGCGGAGGUGGCAUAACUGCACGUGUACAUUUCAACGAAUUUCUUUUGGCUUAUCGCAAUGCUCAAACAAAAUGAAUUGAUGACUAAAUUUUUACUUAUGUAUACAAUAUAACUUAUGUAUGGACCCUGACGGUUAACAGAGGUGACAGUUAAUAGAGAGACGGAUAAUCGAGGUUCCACUGUACAUAAAAAAUACUAAAACUCUUGUCUAAAAGUUUGGACUAAAGAUAUGGUAGUAGGUAAUCGGGGCUGAAAUACCAAUAUAAACAAAAAUCAUAUAAUAGUUUUACUGAAAACUUCAAAAAUAUUCCAAUUUGUUUGGAUUCUAUUUGUUCCAAAUGCUAAACAUGUGUCAUGUGAAAGCACUGUUUUUGUAAUCAAUCAUGUUUAAUAUUUAAUUGAAUGAAAAUCUUUGAAGGAAUGAUUGUUUAAAUAAAUACCUUAUAAUGUUUACAAAGUCCCGAAAAAUAUAUAAGCCCGAAAUGUUGAUGACACACUCGUCUAUUGGAAUAAACUGUUUCAGGAUCCAUUAUGUUGUUUUUUAAAUGUGGAGAAACACAGCACGGGAUGAUCCAACUCUUAGUGUAAACUAAAAAUCCUACUCAUAAAAACGGAGAGGAGGUUAAUAAAAUUGAUUAAAUCUGAUUAAAAACGUAACAGCACUAUAAUAAUUAAACCACAAAUUGUAAAGUAAAAAGUAAAUACAAAAGUAACGUUGAAAAUAACCCAUUCAUUUAAUUGUCAACUGGCAAUUGUUAAAUGUGACAAGAAAAUUGACUGAAGGCGACAUCUCUGGAUUGGACCUAACUAAUUUGCUUUCUUGACCUUGACCAUUUACGUGAAAGGUCUUAAGUAUGUAUGGUUUAUAAUAUACACAGCCCGCUAAAUUUGUUGAUUGGUUCUGGAGUUUAGUUGAAUAGCAUCAUUAGCAAGGUAUCUGUGAACUUUUUUUAUUCGCAUACAUAGGUAUCUUGGAAUCGUCCAUGGCCUAUUCUGUAAAUUUAGCGUCUUUUGUCUGUCCAUUCCACCGAACGCAUGUUUUCUGAAUAUUUCAACUAAGUUCUAGUCAUGAAAUAAUAAAUUUUUGUAUAACUGAACCGAAACUACAUGUUUUUAUGCUUUAGUGAGUGAUAAUUUCAAAUGGCGAAUUGGUGUCAUUUUAUAAAAGCUCUUGUAUCAGUCGGAAUAUUUCUAGAUUUUUAUGUCUUUUGUUCAGCUUUUGUUUCUGUACCUUUCUUAAAGGUCGCCUUUUUGGCCACAACACGACAGAGUCGCUGAAAAAACCAGAAACCUAAUAAUUGACACAAAUACAUUCAAAUAAAUGAUCCUCAAAUAAUGUCAUAAUAUGAUCUCAUUUAAAAUAAUUUCACAGAAUGGCGCCCGUUCUCCAUUUUCAGUGAUUAUAUCUUGUAGAUAACGUUUUAAGAGUUCUGUGACUAUAAUUUUUUUAGAGUAUUUUUUCUAAUAUGCGAUCUUCUGGAAUGACUACAAGUGUCCAUAUUUAUGUGGAAGUUAAUUUGCCUCAUUUUCGGUUCUUCUACAACUUCACAACCUUCUGUUUUGUGGUACAUAUAUUAUUUCGUCCCAUGAUUCUUAUUUUCUCUCUUCAACUUCUCGUCUUCACUUUUUCUAUAUUGUCCUGUUGUUUCCCUAAUUGUUGCAAACCAAUUUCUUUAACUAUGAUAUUCGUCUUUGGUCUGACAAACUAUAAACUCUGUUCUCAACCACACUCUGGGUAUUUUGCUACUGUUAUACAGUUAUGAGCAGCUAAUAACCGGCAGAAUAGCUCAAAAGAUAGAAAAUAUAAUACAUUGCGAAACAAAAAGAGAUGAAACUAGUGGAGGUGGAAAUUAUCGUUAUAAACGUAUUAAUUAACAUUACAUUACAUAGUUUCCCACCUUUAGACGUCUGUUACAGAACUAUUUUAUAAAAUUCUACUGUUACAGUGAUAGUUGUCAUACUCAUCUGAUACGUCUAAAGGUAUACGUUUAUAACGAUAAUUUCCACCUCCACUAGUUUCAUCUCUUUUUGUUUCGUAAUGUAUUAUGUUUCCAUCUUUUGAGCUAUUUUGCAGGUUAUUAGCACGCCCAUCACUGUAUAUCUCAUUGAAUAUAUUAAUUUUUUGGGCAAAACUUCAUCUAAGAGUUUAAUGAUGUGUUAUAGUUUCUCCGUUUUUAAGGGACAGUAUUUGUGCCUUAACUUCUUGUUUAAAAGAAUCUUUUGGCGUUCUAUGGUAUUCAUUGUUCUGCUUAAGUCUAAACAAUUAAUUGUUUCGUGUAGGUAAUUUUUUCAGGUUAAUUGUAUUCGCUCGAUUACUACAAUUAUUUCUCCUUAUUAAUUUUCCACUUUUGCUAAUCAUUCCUUUUUGAAUUACACAUUCUUAUUGUUGAGCUUCUUUUUACACCAAAUGUGUCGUGUUUUGUUUGUGAUAUUUCAUUCUCUAUGCAUUUGUCUGUGAGCUUUUGUCCUUUGGUUUUUUUAUUUGUCUUCUAAUUUGAUUACUAUUGUUGCAGUAUUUCUUUCUUACAGUUUUCGUGGUUUUGACUAUUCGAUAUAUUUUUUCUACAACUCCUACAAGUUUUUCUACAAGUUUUUUAGCUAUUUUUGUAUAUUUGAUUUAUUAUUAUGUAAUUGAAUUGUUUUAGAAAGAUUUUACCAUAUUUUGUGUAUUAUCCGAGUAUGUAUAUAAUUUUUUUUUAUAAAUGUGUAUUAUAAGCAAAUAAUUGUCUCCUGCAAAUUUAGAGUUUUUUCGAAAAUAAAACUUCGAACUUUUUAACUAGAUGUCGCUACAGGGUCCGUGUCGAAUUAUUUGUUUUAAUUCGGCAUUGGGAGACAAAAUUAUUUCUCUUUACUCUUUUUGUUCAGAGCAGACCAUAGUCUCUCCGAUGAUCUCUAAAGAAAGUGAAACAUACGUAAGAGGAUGAUGGUCCUCUAUGAAGGAAUUGAAAGAUAAAAUGUCUCUCAUUUUCAUUUUACAGAGUUUCUACCUGUUGUCGAAUCUUUUACCCAAAGUUGGUGACUGGCAAAUGUAGGACUAUUUAUCCCGGAAUUAUUCGAAAACCAGGUCAAAAUUACUUACCUUUCAAGACAAUGUGAGUCAUAUCUAUAGUGGCUUCUGCUUGAAAGAUCUGAUAUGUCAGAUCCAGGUGAUUUAGUGUUUUUCUAUUCAGUUGCCACUUUUUAUAAUCAUUAUAAUAAUUUUUAAACCCAAAAUAUUCAUUACAUUAUCAUAUAUUAUAUAUAUUAUUAUUUUGUAUAAUUAGAUAAUUUUUUCAUUAUCGUUCUAAUUUAAAUGGGUACAAUGACAAUAACAGUAUUAGAAAAUGAUUUCUCCAGAAGAAGCAAUUUUGUAAAAGAUUAAAAUUUUUAUUUCUUAACUAAGAAAUUUGGACAAAUAUUUUUGUAUUUUAUAAUUAAUCGUACUGAUUUUCGAAAGUUUAGAUUUACUGUAUUAUCUCUUUUAUUUUCAUUUUAGAUGAAAAAGUCACGGUAGAAAAGACGCAAAGAUAUUUGGUUGUUGAUCUAAGUGGCUUUUCGUCUCAUCUACGUGAAAGAGUGGACUCUGUGUGGAAUUUUUGUCAUUUUUUCUUUGUGUACAUUUAUUUGUUAUAAUUACACAAAAGAUUCUAGAUUUUUUACGAUUAGUGGUAUAAAUAAGCAUUAUAGACCAAAGUGCCUAUUUAUUUGGUCUCGAUAUUUUACACAAAUCUUGUAAACGUUUUUAUAUAUUGUAAUUUAUUAUUUAAAUAUGGUUUAGAUGCAUGGUUUCAAUUCUGUCGACGAGUUUCGUUCACCAUUAACCGAACAACUGUGUUUUUUACGCUUAAAACUAGGCCUUCAUCAGGAAUAAUCUGCGUCUAUACUGCAGUGGAGGUCUAGUCUAACUUUUCAGUAAUUUCCAAAGGAAUAUAAACGAAAGGUACAAAUCUACACGGUAUGUUUUGUAAAUUUUUGUUCCUCAGAGAUGGAGAGUUAGGAAAAACCUAUAAAAAUAUCAUAUUUUGUUUUUUCCUAUUAUCGAAGAUAAUCUUGUUGUAAAAUGUGAAGGUGUAUUUUACAAUUAAACAUUGAAAACUUUUGUCCUCAAUUCUUCCACAAAAUUUGUUAGUUAAUGUCAAUACAGCUGUUUCGGUAGAGUAUCUUUCUCAAGUGAUGUAUUUUAUAGGUUGUGUACACUUUAUAGGUUGAGGAGAGGAGAGCUGUUUGACUCAAAUUGGUCAUUCACAAUUAUAUUUGUAUCUUUUAAUUUAUUAAUUUCCAUAGAUUCUAAUAAAAAUAGCUUAACCAUGUAAGACUCGCACCUUAAAAUCAUUGAAAUAAAAUUCUAAAAAUUCGUGUGAGUGUUUUUUAAGCGACUAUGAACGCAUCAGUGGGGUUGGUAUAUGCAAUUUUUGUAUCAAAAGUGGAGUUUGAAAAUGUAAGUAACAUUGUACAUUAGGGGUAUAAUGAGAACGUUGCUCCCAAGCAACUAAGAGUGUGAGGUUAAAAUUUUUGUAACGUGCAAACGAAGGAUCACCACUAACAAAAGUAAUUUUUUAGGGCUUACAAUAUGUAAGAAAAACUACAGAAAUAAACAAACUUGUACUUUAAUAUUUACAAAGUUACAAGAAAAAACAAAGAUAAAAAUUUAUGGAAAGUUAUGAAAAUUAAAAAAACAAUUCUUGGCCGGUGUAAACCAUAGUCUCAUGUCACAUUUUUGACGCAGAAUUGUCGUUAGCCAUUCUUAAAAAUCGGCAUCUUUUGGUUCAUAGAUAAGCCAGAGUAAUACGUUGUCUUUCCUAGUGAUAUCAUGUGGUCGACUUUUCGUAGGAGUUACAAUUUUUUCGACCGCCUCGUUCAGUGAAGGCCGCCCUUCUUUUUUAUAUUACCUGUUUGGUAAAAAGAUUCAUCUAUGCCCAUUUAAAAAUCUUUUUUGGUAUCAUAUUUAUAAGGUAUUUUCAUUUUCUUCGGUUGUGGCUCUUCCAAAGCUAUUUCUUCUUGCUCAAUAUCAGAUUUUCUAUUACCAACUACAUACAGUCGGAAAAAUUAAAGAAUUUUCUCUUUUUCUAGUCUUUUAGUAAAGAAGUCUUUUUCUAUAAAUAACAAACGUUUAUUAUAGAAAAAGACAGCAAAUACAAAAUAAUUGACUGAUGUGAUCGUUCGUGGGUAUUCUUUCAUUUUUCCGACUGUAUAUUUAGUUCUAUCUAUUUGCGUUUCAUAAUAUUUAUCUCCCUAAUCGGCAACUAAACACUUAUCAAAAUGCUUACUUUCGAUGUCCUCAUCAUCGGAUAUGCUUUCUGUAUCUGAUACAUCUGUACUAACAGGAACUACGUAACUCGUUUUUUACAUAACACGUAAGAGGAGGAAUAUCCAUAUUUCUGAAAAGAAAAUUGAUGUUUUUACCAUUACCACUCCGCCUCGACGUUGAUUCUAAGCAACAUACUUUUUAGGUGCAAUUUUUGCUAAGACUUCUCAAAAUAGAAAGUAACUGUAUCUUCUAGAUUGUAAAUAGACCUUUCCGAAAUCUAUUCGUAAAAUAUUACAGCAAAAUACAUGUUUUUACUUACCGAUUUGUUUAUAUUUAACUAUCAACGUCGGCGUUACAACAUUGCUGUUGAAAUUUCACACUCGAAAUUAUGUUUACUAAGUUAAAAUAUUUUAACAGGUGGCGCACAUGGCGAAAUCAUAGACGAACGGUUGUCGCUUGCAUACCACACUGUCCUACUGUGAUAAAAUUCGACGUAUAUGGAAAUUUAACAGUUUGAAGUGAACGUUGCUUGAGAGCAACAAGCGCGCUUAAGGCCUUUAUUUUGAAUAUUGGGAAUUUGAAACUGGCCAUUAAAAGAAUGAUUAUGAUCUAGAAGGUGAAGAGCUUACAUAGAAUCUGUUUUUUUUUAUUAUUUAAAACCAUUUUGUGUUCUGCUGUAUGUUUGUUAAAGGUUCUGCCAGUUUGACCGUUGAACGUUUUUAUAAGUGGAUACAAACUUAUAUGUGGUGACGGUCCAAAAACUUACAUCGGCCAAACUGACACAACCUUUAACAAACGUAUAGCAGAACACAAAAGGGCUUUCAAUGAAGAAUAGAAAAACAGGUUCUACGUACGCACUUCAUCUUCUAAAUCAUAAUGAUUCUUUUAUUGACCAGUUUCACAUUCUCCAUAUUCAAAAUAAAGGCCUCAAGCUAUCUUUAUUAGAAUCUAAGUAAAUUAAUAAAUUAAGAAAUACAGAUAUAGUUCUGAAUUACCAAUUUGAAACAAAGAGCUCUCCCCUCUUCAACAUAUUCAGUUAAAGACUAUAAAGUGUAGACACAUAGUACAAAUGCAUCACUUGAGAAAUGCACUCUGCCGAAACUGCUGCGGUAUCUUUAAUUUGUAAUACAUUUUGUGGAAGUAUUGGAAACAAAAGUAUUUUGUGUUUUAUUAUUAGGUAAAAUGAACUUCCAUCAAGUAACAGUCGCAUCCAUCACCUGUUUAGUUUUCAUUAAAGUAUUUAGUCUGAAUUAGGAGCUUUUUUGUUUUCCAGUAAAUAAAACUUCACUAAUACUUAACUUAAUACCUACAAAUUAGAAACCUGUAGUAUCGCAUUUAAUAAUUCUCAGUUUUUGACAUAUCGUGUUUAUGUAUGACGUGUAGGUACCAAACAACGGUUAUACUCUUUAAAAAUGACUGGCCAUUGUAUAUUCAAUGCUAUAUUUUUACAGUUUUCGAAUUAGGGGUGAACGGAGAAAGUCCCGUGUUGAGAUAGUUCCCUUAAAAUAGAACUUCAUCACAGUUUCUAUGCAAAACCCAUUUUGUUUAUGUACUAAGUGUAAUCGAAAAGGUUUUUCAAAAACUAUAUAAUAUAGCAACCAUGUAAUCGGUAUUGAUUUAUAUUCAAUGAACAAUACUUUACCAUGUUCUUUGUACAAAGUUAUCAAUUUAUAAUCAAUAAAUAAAUAUCUCCGUUGUCAGAAGAUAUUUAGAGUCGUAUAAGAAAAUGAGCUGUAAGUUAUGUCUAUGUAAUUUGCAUCUAUAUAACACAUUUUUCUACCAUCUCUCCCGAUAACAGAGAAACUAAAUUUACCAUCCUGUAUUUCAGUAUUUUUAGUAAUUGUUUACUGUAUUUUUAAACAAAAAAAUAUAAUUUGCAAGUGAAAUAUCAACAAUUACUUGUGAAUCAAUUUGUAAAUAUAUUUUUUUAAAUAUUCGUUAACAACUUGCAGAAAUAUAAUGCUUUCUGAUUACAGUGUUGUUAAAUAUUAACAAUGGGAAUAAAAAUGUUUUUGAAAAACUGCACGAAAUCAUAAAUUUUGAAAUAUUUUUGAUUACACUCUAUUAUAUAUUUAUAUCUACAAAAAACCAAAUUUAUUUUACUUGUUAUUUUUAAAUAACAAAUUUGUUUAUAUUCAUAUCAGGUUUUUGCUAAAUAUAUUUCCAAGUCAAUCAAAAUAA